CUACCAGAAUCCUUCGCGCGAGGCGGAAAACUUACACAUUGAUCCCCGCUUGUGUUCUGCCGGGGUCCUGCGCUCCGCAUCCCGGUCCCUCCUUCUCCGGGGCCGAUGGCGGCCCCCGAGCCGCCGCUGCCCGGAGCCAGAGGGUGCCCGGGCUCCGCUUCGCUGUCCCCGCCGCGGGGCGACCGAACCCUCCUCGUGAGGCACCUGCCGGCCGAGCUGAGCGCGGAGGAGAAGGAGGACCUGCUCAAGUAUUUCGGGGCGCAGUCCGUGCGCGUCCUGUCCGAUAAGGGGCGGCUGAAACAUACAGCUUUUGCUACUUUCCCUAAUGAAAAAGCAGCGGUAAAGGCACUGACAAGACUCCACCAGCUGAAACUUCUAGGUCACACGUUAGUUGUUGAAUUUGCAAAAGAGCAAGAUGAAGUCCAUUCCCCAUGUCCCUUUGCAGGCACAGACAAAAAGAAGAGGUCUGAGGAGCCUGUGGAAGAUGAUAAAGAAAAGAAAGAACUUGGUUGUUUGACUAUAGAAAAUGGAAUUGCACCAAACCAUGGGCUGACGUUUCCUCUGGAUUCCUGCCUCAAGUACAUGUACCCGCCGCCGUCCAGCACAAUCCUCGCAAACAUAGUCAACGCCCUGGCGAGUGUGCCCAAGUUCUACGUCCAGGUGCUUCAUCUGAUGAAUAAAAUGAAUCUGCCCACACCUUUCGGACCGAUCACUGCACGGCCUCCCAUGUAUGAAGACUAUGUGCCGUUACACGCCCCUCUGCCCCCGGGGUCUCCUCGGCCCCCGGAGGACCCGCCUUUGCCCGAUGAGGAUGAGGACUUAUCAAGUAAAGAAUCCGAGUACGAAAGCAGCGAUGAGGAAGACCGACAGAGAAUGGCCAAACUAAUGGAAUUAGCAAAUCUUCAGCCCAAAAGACCAAAAGCAACAAGACAACGCCAUGUGAGAAAAAGGCGGAAGAUAAAGGACAUGCUGACCGCACCUGCGCCCGUGACUCACAGCUUACACCCGGUGCUGUCCCCGUCCGAUGUGUUUGAUCAGCCACAGCCGGUCGGGAAUAAAAAGAUUGAGUUCCAUAUAUCUACCGACAUGCCAGCUGCAGUUAAGAAAGACUUGGAAAAGGAAGAUGGUUUUGAAGAACAAAAUCCUGAUUUACCUGCUGCUCAAGGCGAUGCGUCCACUGUAGGAUUUGGAAAGAUCUUCCCCAAACCCAACCCGAGCGUCGAAGAGGAAAGUAAAGAAGACUCGGACGAGACGCCGUCCGAGUGUAUCUCAAGGCGGGAGCUGGAGAAGGGCCGGGUCUCUCGAGAAGAAAUGGAAACGCUUUCGGUUUUCAGAAGUUAUGAACCUGGUGAACCAAACUGUAGGAUUUAUGUAAAGAAUUUAGCUAAACAUGUUCAAGAAAAGGACCUUAAAUUUAUUUUUGGAAGAUAUGUUGACUUUUCAUCAGAAACACAACGGAUCAUGUUCGACGUCCGCCUGAUGAAGGAGGGCCGCAUGAAAGGACAGGCCUUCAUUGGGCUCCCGGACGAAAAAGCAGCGGCAAAGGCCUUGAAGGAAGCCAAUGGCUAUGUGCUUUUUGGGAAACCCAUGGUGGUCCAAUUCGCUCGGUCUGCUAGACCAAAACAAGAUUCUAAAGAAGGAAGAAGGAAGUGAUAAUCUCGGUAAAGAAGCAUUCCUGCGUAAAUACCGCUGUAACACUGUCAUGCAAAGUGUAUCCUUUCUCGUAUCCUUUUGGGGGCAGUACUUUUGUUUUUUGUUUUCCUUAGAAAUGUUUUUUCCCUCCCACCCAUUGGUCCAGAAUGAGCAAUACUUUUUUGCAACUUAAAAGAAAUAUUCCUAAAUAUCAGUGUUGAUUGAACAAAUCUUUUAUGGGUUUGUUGAAAUGUGCUGCUAAAUUUUCUAGACUUUCCUUUAGGUUAUGUAAUUUUUUCAGGGAAAGUUAGUGAAUCAGGUCAAUUUAUUUACUUGUAGAAUGUAUGCAUUCACUUUAAUACAGAAUUCAGCCCUUUUUCUUCAUUUAUGUAAUUUCUAGAUCAAAUUCAGGAAUGUGUUCUGUUUUCUGACAUACUAAAGGCCUGGUGCAUGGACUCGUGCACUGGUGGGGGUCCCUGGGCCUAGCCUGCGGGGAUCAAGCCAAAAUCCGCUCUCUUAACAUCCCCCAAGGGGUCCUGGAUUUGAGAGGGUGGUUCUGGGGUGAUGCACCCCUGAACUGGGCUCCUUGCUUUCUGGUUCCAGGUGCCUUGCCCUAGAACUGCUGCCAUGUGAGUGCAGCUCAGCAGCUCCUGCAUUGAGUGUCUGCCCCCGGUGGACAGUGUGCAUCAUAGCUACUGGCCUAUUGGCCAGUCGGCCUUUAUAUAUAGAUUUAGUUUAGGUAUUAUGUAUAAUGUGUUGUAAAAUUUGGUUGGGAAAAUGUUUUUUCUUUUAUUAUUUUAAGAAUUCAAAUAUUAAAAAAUAUAUUAGCUAUAUAAAAAAUAGCAUAACUAGAUUCCUAUGCAAAUUCCAAAUAAGAGUAGCAAACCUCAGGUUUGAAGUGUUGUUAAAAUUUCCUUUGAGACAGACAGCAAAUAGGAGUAUCUUAUUCCUUUCUUUUCUAAACCAAACAAAACAAAAGCAAGAAGAAAAGUAUAACAGAGGUGGAAGACAGAAUGUUGACUCAGGGUAGCACAUUAGGUGGAGAGAAACAGUCCCGGUGGAUAGGUCAGAACCGUGGUUUCCAGACUAGUUCAUGACCAGGAUUACCCAGAACUGGGUCUCAGACUUGAUUGCACAUUAAAAUAACAUGGGAAACUUUUAUUGUAUUGAUU